AUGACUCGAGGGGAGAACCGGAGCAGUGGCAGGAGCGAGAGUGGGACGGGCGAGGAAGGGAAGAGAGGAGGGGACGGGCGAGGGAGCCGCAACAGAGAGAUCCAUUUCCUCGAGAUGGUGGCUCUCGAUAUAGUGACAGGGGACGCGGUCGUGAUGGUGAUAAGGCGAGAGGACUGGGCAGGAGAGGACUGGGAGGGGCCCGAGUCAGGGUUGAGGAGGGAGUCGUUUUCAGGGAGGCAUGGAGGAGUGGCAGCAGCAGCAGCUGGUGGAAACUCUGGGAUGAGAGGGGAGGAGAGGAGGGGGACGAGAAGAGCAGGAGAGCGAGAGGGAGUGAGGGAGGGAGUGAGAGGCGGAGUGGAAGGCAAAGACGAGGAGGGCGCGUGGCAGGACCCGCCGUUGCACGUGGGCGAGGUGGCGAGCGUGAGCAACGCGUUUGUGAAGCGCGCCGUGCGGCUGCGGCAGAGCAGCGCGGCGCGGAGAGCGUGGGGGCGCGUGCUGGUGGCGGGCGAGGUGCCCCUGCUGGAGAUCUGCGCGCCCUGGCUGCCCGCCCAGGGGGCAGGGGCAGGGGCAGGGGCAGGGGCAGGGGCAGGGGCAGGGGCAGGGGCAGGGGCAGGGGCAGGGGCAGGGGCAGGGGCGGGGGGCUCUGCUCCCCCAUGGCGAGUGUCCGCUGGAUAUCCUACUGGUGCAGUCCGAGUCCCCCUCGCCCCCCCCCCUGCGCUGGUGCGCGUGGCUCGGCGCGUGCUGCAUGUGUCCCCUGCUGUGAUGAGGCGCCUGGCAGGCGUGCAGAGCGUGGGCAGUGCUGCUAUUGCUGCUGUCAUGCUGCUGCCCGCGUCGUUCCAAGUGCUGGAGAGUGGUACGGAUGAUGGGGGUGAGGAGGGAGAGGAGGACCCCGGCAAUCUGGGCACGUUGCUGCGCACGGCUCUGGCAUUUGACUGGCACGGCGUGUUUCUCCUGCCCGGCUGCUGUGACCCGUUCAACGACAAGGCACUGAGGGCUGAGGGCCAGGGCCUAUCAGCGACAGCGCUGCGCCUGUGCCAGCCAGUGGCCAUUCCCAUGCCGGGGGGAGCAGAGUCUCUCAAUGUGGCUGUUGCAGGGGGUAUCUUGCUCUUCCUGCUCGGCCCGCACUCCCCGCUGCCCACUUCACAUAUGCCCACGCCCUCGCCUUCUCUCCCGGUCUCUGAUUAG